CCGGAAAUAAUGGAAGCAGUCCUGGUAGCUACGUAAUCUGCCCCUGCAUCUUCCUCCCAAACCUAAAACACCGAAAGGCGCUGCAUUCUCCCGGCUUACAUUAAGUCUGUAGUCUUGUGUUUGUUAUUUUAAAGUGAUGUAGAAUGGCGUCAGGCUUUGGGAAGAUAGUCGUCGGUACUUACGUGGAGAUUAAGCGGAGUGAUGGACGUAUACAUCAGGCAAUGGUGACGUCUAUGAAUGAGGACAACGAGAGCGUCACGGUGGAAUGGAUAGAAAACGGGGACACAAAAGGGAAGGAGAUCGACUUGGAGAGUAUUUUUGCACUUAAUCCAGACGUAGCACCAGAUGAGGAGAUUGCCCCCAGCCCAGAGACUCCUCCCCCUCCCACACCCACAUCUGUGAAAGUCAACAAAAUUGCAAAGAACCGGCGGACGAUAGCACCUACUAAAAAUGAAACGCCUUCCAAGGACAACAGAGCGAUUCCGACUCGGACCAGACCGCUACAGCCUCAGCAGCCGGAUCCGGCUCCACCUCCUCCAGUUCAGCAGCCCACUCAGCUUCAGACGCAGCAGCAGCAACAGAACGAAUCCUCACUGAUGUCCAGAAAGGAGCUUGGACAGCUGUCGAGAAGGAAGUCGAACUGCGUGAAGGAGGUGGAGAAGCUGCAGGAGAAGAGAGAAAGGCGCCGGCUUCAGCAGCAGGAGCUCAGAGAGAAACGAGCUCAGGAGGUGGAUACCACCAUCCCCAACUAUGAGAUCAUGUACAUGAUCCGAGACUUCCGGGCCAGCCUGGAUUACCGGCCCCUGACCACUGCUGAUGUGAUCGAAGAGCACAGAAUAUGUGUUUGUGUGAGGAAACGUCCACUCAACAAAAAAGAGCUGACCAUGAAGGACCUGGACGUGAUCACCAUCCCCAGUAAGGACGUGGUGAUGGUUCAUGAACCCAAGCAGAAAGUGGACCUCACCCGCUACUUGGAGAACCAGACGUUCCGCUUUGACUACGCCUUUGACGACAGCUCCAGCAACGAGAUGGUGUACAGGUUUACUGCCAGGCCUUUAGUGGAGACCAUUUUUGAGCGGGGCAUGGCUACCUGCUUUGCUUAUGGUCAGACAGGCAGCGGUAAAACACACACAAUGGGAGGAGACUUCUCUGGGAAGAACCAAGACUGCUCUAAAGGAAUUUACGCAUUAGCAGCCCGGGAUGUCUUCCAAAUGCUGAAGAAAGCCAACUACAAGAAGUUGGAUCUACAAGUUUAUGCAACCUUUUUUGAAAUCUACAGCGGGAAAGUGUUCGACCUCCUGAAUCAUAAAGCUAAGCUGAGGGUGCUGGAGGACGGGAAGCAACAGGUGCAGGUGGUGGGGCUCCAGGAGAAGGAAGUCAAGUGCACAGAAGACGUCCUAAAACUUAUUGAAGUGGGAAACAGCUGCAGAACAUCUGGGCAGACGUCGGCCAACGCUCACUCGUCGCGGAGCCACGCCGUGUUCCAGAUCAUCCUUCGACGGAAGGGGAAGAUGCACGGGAAGUUCUCGCUCAUCGACCUCGCAGGGAACGAGAGAGGCGCCGACACAUCGAGCGCCGACCGGCAGACUCGUCUGGAGGGAGCCGAGAUAAACAAAAGCCUGCUGGCCCUCAAGGAGUGCAUCCGAGCUCUUGGCCGUAACAAACCGCACACUCCUUUCAGAGCCAGUAAGCUCACCCAGGUCCUCAGAGACUCCUUCAUCGGGGAGAACUCUCGCACGUGCAUGAUUGCAACAAUCUCUCCUGGAAUGACAUCCUGUGAAAACACGCUCAACACGCUGCGCUACGCCAACAGAGUGAAGGAGUUUGGGAUUAGUCCGUCAGACAUCCCCUUCUCCCAGGGCGGUCAGGGGAGUCGCCCUGACCACUCGCCUACCAAUACCUUUGAGCUCGAUGACUUUGCUGCGACCUCUCCCAGCAGGGUGAAGGAGCUCACGGUUGACCCCAACCAGGUGAUGGAGGGCGGAAGACCCAACAUCCACACCGUCAACCAGCUGGACAUUUUGGACGAGGAGUGGCUGAGCAUCUCUCCGCAGCGAGACGACCUCAAACUGCUCUGUGAGCAGAAUGAGGAAGAGGUUUCUCCGCAGCUCUUCACUUUCCAUGAAGCCGUUUCCCAGUUGGUUGAGAUGGAGGAGCAGGUUCUGGAGGACCACAGAGCGGUCUUCCAGGAAUCCAUCCGGUGGCUGGAGGACGAGAAGGUGCUGCUGGAGAUGACCGAGGAGGUGGACUACGACGUGGAGUCUUACGCCACACAGCUGGAGCAGAUCCUCGACCAGAAAAUAGAUAUCCUCACCGAGCUCAGAGAUAAAGUGAAGUCAUUCCGCUCUACACUUCAGGAGGAGGAGCAAGCCAGUAAGCAGAUCAACCCCAAGAGACCACGAGCUCUUUAGAGGCCCAGGAUGCUUAGGUGGCGCGUUCAGAAGCAGAACCACUAGAUGUUUGGCACAACUCUGGCUGUCUCCAACAGCUGUGAAAACAAAUAAAAAUGACUAUUUAACACAGCAACAGGCUCAACAAACUGUAUUUGUUCUGAUCUCUCCUAACAGGACUGACUCUGCUCUUACUCUGUUUAGAUAUUUCAGGAAGGGAAUCGUUUUUCCUUCCAUUUUAGAUGUUUUUUUGUUUGUUUUUUUUCCAUGAAGAAUGUUUAGUUUCCUUCUGUGUACUUAAAUUAUAUAUUUUUUUCUUUUAUACUUCUUUAUACUUUUAGCUAAAUUCUUUUGACUGGAUAUAUGAAGAGAUUCUAAUUGAACUCGAAGUUUUAACACAAAACCAGCGUUUCUGGUUCUGGCUGACAUGUCUGCAUGCUCCGCUCUAUGCUAGCUUAUCUAUCCUCUGCUUAGCGGUCCUCGGUUCACAUUGUGACGUCGUAUUUCAUUGUAAGUGACCUCUUCUGUUUUACUCUGAGUUUGUAGCGGUUGAGGAGAAACCUUGAAGCUCUCGUUUGUCUUUGUUUCCUCGUGUUCCUCAGAGGUUUUUAACUGUAGCUUGCUUCGUUCGCUCUGUGCCAUGUUGUCCUAAUACGUAGCGACGACCGCCUCCGACAUUUUCCACCCGUUUAACUGUGUUUACAAAAAGGAACUAAGAAGAACUGUUAAUACAUGUAUAGUGAAGACCACUGACCUACAACUGGUUCGUGUUUCUCAGCGUUUGCACUGGAUGUAAUGCUGGAGGGAGUUAGAAAAAAAAAAAAAGAAAAGAUGAAAAUCCUGUUUCAUUUGAAUGACUUCUGUGACAUGUUCUCCAAAUAAACUCAGCAACUUCCAUUUUUAUUAAAACGGACCCUCUGAACGUGGUCUGUGCUGCACAACAUCCUAUUUGGUCUUGGUACAUUUUUAUUAUAUUUUUGCCAAAGCUGCAUGAGAAAAUGAAACACGUUUUAUGGCAAAUUAUAAUAAAAUCAUUUUUUGCAUCUAAA